CUAAGUAAAUUAGAAAAGUUUUCCUCGAUUUAGGAACAUCUGUGAAAUCAAUGCUUUCUAAAUAUUUUUGACAUCUAUGUUUUCUUCGCCGUAACAUCAACGCUGGGCCAUCAAAACAAAACAUAGAAGAUUCAACUACUCUCAGAUCCUCCGUGACGCUACGUUGCACAGCCUAUGGCCAAAGGUUAAAAUGAGUGGGUGCCUCAACGAAGAUUUAUCGCAAUGUGCUGGUGUGGGUGACCUGUUGUCUGGGUCGUGGGAGUUAACACAGUUCACAGGCAAAACUACAAAAUGGCUGUUGGAGGAGGUGUAGUAGAAUGUUUUGACUGUGGGAAGGAAGAUCCAAGGAAAGUAACCAGUCAAAGCAAUUUAGGGAUUGCUGUGUGUGGACCAAAUGUCAUGGCUGUUUCAGUUAUUAUUCCUAAAUCUGUAGGAAACCCCAAGAAUUUGGAUGACUACAUGAAGCAGUUGAAGUCCUGUGGUUUACCAGAAGGCCAAAGUUUAGCAUUUAUGUUCACUUGCUGUGGGCGUGGCUUUUCUUGGUAUCGAAGAAGAGGAAAUCCAUGGUUUGAUUAUAACAACGUUGAAACAAAAGCAUUCCGCAAAUUCUUCCCAAACACCCCUGUAUUUGGAUUUUUUGGUGGUGGGGAGAUAGGUAUGCCUUUUCUUCCAAAGUUCAAUGAAUCAAAUGAUGAAACAGAGGAAGUUCCUUCAAAGAAGUGGAAAAGGAGACUGUUUCAUCAGUUCACAACAGUCAUAGUGUUGCUGUCGUUUUUGUGAUAUCAGUAUUUUGUAGUAUUAUGCUUCAUCCUGUACAUAAAUUGUAUUUUAUGUCUACCUUUGUAUAUAUGGACAGGUAUGGGUUGGUAAGUGUAGAAGGAAAUUUUUUCAGACAUAGUAUUUAUGUUUGAAGACGUCCAUGAGUAUUGAGAAAAACUUGUCUCGAGCAUAAAAUUAGAAAUUUGGCCACAUGUUUGAUAGUUUUAAUGAUUCUCAAAAUGAUUUCAUUGUAGUAUGAAAUAUUUAAAAGCUAUUAUUAAUUUUUACUACAAGAUAUCCAUCAAAUUACCUUGUUUUCAGUGUAGUACCUGAAAUUUAAUGCAAAAUUGACCAUCUCAGAUGGAAAAUGUUUUAUUUUUCUUCCAAGUGGUUGUCAGUUUUAUCUUUCCAGACAGUAAAUGCAUGUUUAUAAUAGGAUCACUUAAGGAAAUUUCAGCAUUUGGUUAAGUUGACUGAAUCCUGAAGUGACAGUGAGGAAUAUUGUGGCUCUAAAUUUUUGGGAAUAAGUAAUGUCUUUGGUGGUACAGUCAACCCCUGCCUAUUUGCGGUUCAGUAUUCGUGGAUUUUGCUGUGGAAAUUAUCCCUGACUUAUUCACAAAAAAUUCAGUAAUUAGCAGAUUUUUCUUGAGAAAUAUUCACUGAUUACUGUAUUUUCAUGUGUAUUUUCAUGUUAUGUUUGUGACUAAAUACAUUUUUUAUGAUAAAAAAAAUUAUUGACUAAUUUUCAAAUAUUAAUACAUAUUAAUGUAAACAACAAACCACGGUUUUUGUUUCCCUCUCUUUUCGUAAGUUUCGGUUUUCGUAGACUUUUUUUUUUUUUCUACAAAAUUUCGUCUUGGUUAUUGUACGUCUCCUCAGUUUUCAUGCACUCGGAAACGCUUUUCGGGGCCCAGUACGUGAACGGGGCCCUUAUUGAGCGUCCAAACAAAGCAUCCCAUCUUUCAUGACCCAUUCUGCUUUUAUGUACUCUGCAUUUGUGCUUUUUUUUUAUUCAAGUGCAACUGCUAAAUAAGCCAUCAUGGGGCAAAAGAAAGUUCCAAGUGCUAGCCCUUGUGUAAAAAAACAAAAAACAUUAUAGAACUCGUAGCAAAGUGUUGGAGGAAGUUGCAUGCCGAUCUCAGUGAGAAAAUGUCUACAAGCGCUGCUGUUAGGGAAUUUAAGGCCAGCAGAGGGUGGUUUGAAAAAUUCAGAAAACGAAUGGGCAUACAUAAUGUGCCUACUUCAGGGAUUAAGGACAUGUUUGCAAAGUGGAAUGAUGUAAAAAAUUUUGUGGAGAAUUAUCAUCCCCCCAGCGAAGUUUUAAUCCGUGUCUCCAACAUGUUUGAUGACAGUGUCAUGUUUAAGGGGGGCCGGCCGGAACCCUUAUAUAUGGGGGUAUAGGGCGAAAAAUGCAGUCAUGAAAAAAUUCAUAGAGCUUCGUAUGGCAAUGGAGAAUACGUAUACGAAAUAUUUCGUCAAAAUUCCUAUUACUUUCGUAGUUACAGUAUAAUUAGUAAACGUAAUUUAAUAAGCCAAAAACAUUGAUCUGUACAAGAAAAUGCAAUAUUUCUUCUGUUAUCGUAAAUUUUGAUAAUUAUUGUCAAAUAAAUUGUGAGCAAUGGCAUCUGUAGAGAUUCCAUGAGUCGCAGAAGGGAAGUCAGCUAUCAAUCACUUUUCAGUGCGAGCACAAGCCUCAUGUAGUGUACACAUUUGAGUUUCACCUCUGACAUUUGCUUGCUUUUACAUAUGUUUAUCUUUGUUUCAGCAACAAUUUCAUCAUGCCAAUGAGGAAAAGACAAGCAAAACAUCUCGCUAACAUACGGACAAAGAAAACUCGCUCUAAUAUGAUUACAUAAUAUCGUAAUAUAUGCGAUAUUAGCAUAGUUAGUGAAGAGAGAGAGGGAGGGGUGCGUAGUAAGUAACGCCCCCGUCUUGGAGCAAAGGGAUCGUCAUUUAUGAUAAAUAACAGUUUUGAUUUUUUAAUACCCAAAAAGGAAUAUGAAAUUCAUAAUAAUCAUGAUUUAUUAACACUGCCUUUGUAAAAAGAGAGUACACAUUCAAGUUUCACCUCUUGACAUUCUCUUGCUUUUACGUUUAUUUAUCUUUGUUUUGGCAAGAAUUUCAUCAUGCCAAAGAGGAAAAUACAAGGAAAACAUCUCGCUAACAUACAGAAGAAGAAAAUUCGCUGUACUCGCUAACAUACAGAAGAAGAAAAUUCGCUGUAAUGAACCGAGUUAGUGAAGGAGAGAGAGAGAGUUGCGUAGGAAGGAGUGCCCCGUCUUGCCGGACGCAGUGUCCCAGGCUACGAUUUAUGAGCAAAGGGGUCAUCAUUUAUGAUUAAAUUAUGAUAAAUAACAUAGUUUGGGUUUAUUAAUACCCAAAAAUGAAAUAUACAUUCAUAAUAAUCAUUGUUUAUUAACAUUGUCUUUAUAAAAAUACAAAGGAAAACGUACUUAUUGACCUUCAAAUUCUAUCUUCUCUCUUAGUUUUAAAGCUAUAGUAUUGAAAUUUGGUAUAUGACUUAGAAAGAAAUUAUAGAACAAUCAAAUAGAGCCCAUUUGUGUUUCAUUUUUUUUUUUAUAAAUUUUCUUUUAAUGAAAAAUUCAUAUCUUGCAAAAAAAUGACUGAGAAAAAAAGAAACUUCAUUUGAUUGGAGGUCUACAUCAGGUCUAUAUAUGGUAGUAAUCCCAGGUCUUAAUAUUAAAUAUCAAGGGAGGAGAUAGAAUUUGAAAAAUGGUUAUUUUCAGGAUAAAUCGUCCUGGUGUCAUAAAACCGAAGGUCAGAGGCGAAAAUCAUAUGUGGUUUGGAGAUGUCCCAAGUCACCUUAUUAAGUGGUAUGAAUAUCAAAGUCCUGUCCUUAAAAAAUGGCAUUAGCCGGCCGUCCCCCUUAACUUUAGGCAAAUUUUAAAGAAAUGCCAGAAACAAAUGUCUCUGGACAGUUUUGUUGUGUGACAUGGGUCCAGUAAUUCUCAAACUGGUCCUAGUGUCAGUAAAAAACAAAGAGGGGAAGUAACCUCAGAUAGUGCCAGUAAAAAAACGAAGAGAAGUAGUCCCAGAUAGCUCCUUGAUACCUUUAGUCCUCCUCCCUCUCCCCUCCUCUCUAUCUUCCAUAUGCUAACAGGUGUUCCCCAUAAAGGUAAGAGUGAUGUUAAAUGUUCAUUUAUUUAUUUCAUUGGUCAUUUAUAUUUAUUUCUCAUUGUUUUCUGUAUGUAAAACUGUUUAUUCUCUAUAAAAUGCCUUUUUUGUUAAUAUUUUUGGGAGUCUGGAACACAUUAAUUGUACGUAUUUACAUUAUUCCUUAUGGGAACUAUUGUUUAAGUUGUCAUGGGAGGUUGUGGAACGGAUUAUGUCCAAAAACCAAAGUUCCACUGUAUGGAUUUUUUUAAUGUGUAUUAAAUAUUAAGUUACCGUAUAUACUUGCAUAUCAUGCAACUUUUGAAGACCUAAUUUUGGAGCUAAUUUUAAGGGGGUCGCAUCAUACAUGAAAUAUAAAAUUAGCGUAUGUAAUAUUCACAUACUAGUAUCGUUUGAUAAAAUACAAACACGUAAUGAAUAUGCAUCUUUUCUAUGGAUCUUUUAAAAAGUUAUGCUUUACUUCACUGCAACCAAUAAUAUUGCAUGUAUUUUCUUAUUACUAUUGUAUUAUAAAAUACAAAAGUAGCAAUCAAUGUUUUGGUUUGGAAAUCAGCUGAGGAUGAUUGCGAGGUUAAGUUUAUUUUGUUGUAUUGAAGUCAAAUCAGAGCGGUUUCCUUGCUUCUAGUUAGGGUAAAUGAAUCUCAAUAUACUCUGUUGAUAUGGGACUAGGUAAUUUUACAUUAUACAAAGAUACAAAGUGUUUUAAAGUCAAAAUAUCACUUAAAUUUAUAUUGUUGUGAACGAAAUUUAGGUUUUUAUUUUGUUAGUAGAUGGCGCUGAAGGCAUGUUUAUUGUGUAAAAAAAUCAACAGAUUGCGUUCGAUAUUGUCACUUGAUUUCAUCAGAAUAAUACAAGCUUUACAUAUCUAUCUUUUAUCGGAGUGAACACAGUAAAAUGAGCUCUUUCAUGCCAAAUAGUUUUGAUUAAAACACAUUUCUCUCAAAUUUUGUUUACAGUCGAGUUUGAUGGUGCUAUACCAAAGUUUCCAUGUUGCUGAUGCAUGAUGAUAGUCGUUAGCAGAUGAACGUUCUUUCCUCAGCUUUAGCUACAACUAGAAGCUUAAAUUUAGCAGUAUAUGCCCUUGCCGAUCUUUUCUCAAUAGAGAAUAAGGAUAUAGUCGUAAAAAUAUAUCAGUCCUAUUCUUUAUAACGUCAUUUGUAACAUAACUGCGGUAAUUUUUUUACUAUCAUACUAUGGUUGAAAUGCAAGCAAGCCGCUGUAGUUAUCAGAUUUGGUUCAUAGCAGGUCAGCUGUUUCUGACUAUAUGCGUUUGCACAACAAGUAUAACAUUACUGACUAUUUAGGUUUCUCUUUUACUCUUUUCAACUUAACUAGAAGAUGGGAUAGGUAAAGAGAUGGAGGAAAAGGGGUUAGCCUAACUAGAAAACAACAGGAAAAGUUGUUAGCCUAUUGUAAUUUGGUCUCAAAAAUUGAACUCGCAUGUUUCAAGAGAAACAUGAUCAAAUCAUUGUUUUAGGGUGAAAAUUUGGGGGUCGCACAACAUGCGAGAUCUUGUGUUACACGAGUACUUACGGUAAUUGUAAGCCAUAUAUUUUAAGGGUAAUGUUGUAAGAUGGCUUUGAAAUGAUAAAAAUAUUAAAGUGUUUUAGAUGAUAGUUUAAGGUAUACUCUGUGUAGGAUGGUAGUUUAAGGUAUACAUUUGGUGUUUGAACUACUAAAUUAAGCAGCUUAUAAAUGCUUCUAGAAGGGAUCUAAAGUGUUUGUGGAUUUUAGCUAUUUGCUGGUGGUUGUAUUCCUUAUCCCCCGUGAAUACUGGGGUUGACUGUAGUUGGAAUUGGUGGAAAUGAUUUUAUUCCUGUUUUUUUUUUAUUUCAGAGGGUAAUGUGUAACAGUGUGUUGGCAAUUCGUGGUUCAUGAUUGUUGCAUUGUGAUACAGUACUGUUUAGUUCUGUAAUAUGGAAGUUUUUUCAUUUGUGUACACAACCUGCAUUUUUAAAGGGACCAGCAGUUGUGUCCUAUUCCACGAAAUGGGUGUUGUUAUGUAUUUUUAUUUUUUGACGAAUACCAUGUUUAUGUAG